AUCUGGCAUAGCCCGCGGCGAGUGGCACGUCGCACCUGAAAAAGCGCGCGGCUAGUGCUGAAUGAAUUGGCAUUGCGAGACGACUUGAUUCCGCCAGAUGAGCAACAAAUUGUCCGAUAAAAUGAACGGACGCACCAUACGCAUCAAUCGGGUGCCAGCUACCAUAACCGCCAUUCUGCUGACCAUUGUGCUUGUUUACUUUCUCAACUUUCACAAGGAUGAGCGGCCCGCCAUCUAUGGCAUGCUACGCAGCGAUAAUAAAGUGAAUCUGCGCAAAAUGCUAAUUGCCGCCAUACAGGCGGCACAGCGCGGCGGAUUGGAGGUGUUGGAUGUGGCGCAUACGCGCCAGCUAAAGGAGCGCAGCAAGGGCAAAACGGCUGAAGGUGUCAACGAUCCGUUUACGGACGCGGAUGGCCGUUCGCAUUGUGUGAUGAAGCAGGGUUUGCAGCGCAUUUUUCCGCGUGUUCGCAUCUUCUCCGAGGAGGACAAGGAGCAUUGCAAGGAUGCGCACAGUUUCGAUCUGGAUCCCACUGUGCUGCACGAGACAGCCAGCGUGCCCGACGUGGCAGUAACCGCGCAAGAUGUGACCAUUUGGGUGGAUCCGCUCGAUGCCACCAAAGAGUUUACAGAGGAGCUGUACGAGUAUGUUACGACCAUGGUGUGCGUCGCGGUCGCCGGCCGUCCCGUUAUCGGCGUCAUACACAAUCCGUUCAGCGGCCAGACCGCUUGGGCGUGGGUGGGCCACAGCAUGUCCGAGUAUCUGGAUGAGCUGCACAAGCAGCCGCGCCUCAACUCCGAACAGCCCAUCAUCACCGUAUCGCGAUCGCAUGCCGCCGCCGUCAAGGAGGUGGCGCGCAAUGUCUUUGGCGAAAAUGUCAGCUUGCUGACAGCCGCCGGUGCCGGUUACAAGGUGCUGCAAGUGGUGGCCAACAAUGCGACCGCCUAUCUGCACACCUCCAUCAUCAAGAAGUGGGACAUAUGCGCCGGCGAGGCCAUACUGCGCGCCCUUGGCGGCGCCAUGUCCACGCUCGACGAUGAGCCCAUCAACUAUGGGCCCCACGACUCGCCAGUGAAUAGCGGCGGCCUUCUGGCCAGCCUGGACCAGCAUGAGGAGUACAUGGAACGCUUUGCCAAAUAUCGCUCAACGCACAAUGGCAAGCUCAGGUAGUGAAGGAUCUGCUAAUCUGCUAAUGCCCAAUCUCUGGAAUCUCUGCCGGCAGCAGCUGCACACGUGCAACGUCGUCAGCCUAGGCUUAAGUUAAAUGAUAGAGAAAACAAAAAGAAACCGGUUCCUGUGCCGCACAGCUUUUAUCAGUUUAUUUUAAGCGGGUCAUGAACCCGCCGAACGCAAAUGCAAACGUAAACAACACGCGGAUCGAGUCCACAAAAUAAAUGAAAAUCAUUUUAA